AUGAUGCCGAACAACGAGUCCGUGCACGAUGUGCUCUUGUGCUUGAAUGCUCCGAUCGCUAAAUGCCCCAUGCCAGUUUGCAUUCGGUUAUUCGCCGAACACCAGCCGGCGGUUUCGAUCCAAAAAGACGUUCUCGACGAAAUGAAUACCUACUACGGCAGAAACGUUGGGUUUAAUUUUCUUCUCCAGCUGAAUAUCAUUAGCCAUUUAAAAUCGGUUUUUGUGGAAACGGGUUUCUCUGGUGAUGAUGAUGGCUUAGCUUCGAUUGCCAGAAUUAACGCUGAAGUAGAUGAUAGCACCGGAGGGCGAGUGAGUUGCGUUUUUCGCGAUAACAAUGGGCCAAACAGAAGAGCACAGAUGGUUCUGGUGUCAGCUGUUGACUGCACCUUCUACUGGAGUUUUCACGGAAAGCGCAAACCGCUCAUAAAAUGCCCGUUCUAUGACUCACCGAACAGAGAUUCAAGCACCAUGAGAUAUAUUUACGUGCCUCGAUCUUCCGUGUUGUGUUCGGUGAGAUUGUCCGAGUGCACCAACAAGAAGCAUUGGUUUGGAUUCCGCCGGAUUUUCGAUCGGGAAAAGUCCGAUCUAUCCGGUAUCUUCUAUCGCAGUCAUUCGUUCUAUCCAUAUUUCGUCACGUUAUGGGAACACUAUCACUUGGCUCAAUUCACGAUUGUACCAGAGCCACCGUCUUCAUCUGCAACCUCCAAGAACAAGGACUUAGUCGACAACAAGCUGAAGAUGGCCACACAGAAGGCGAUGCCUCAUAAAAACCAGACAGGAGCUCCAGCCGAUCUAAAGAAUCGGCAAUUCGAACUUGUUUUAACGUCUAUGACAAAUUCGUGUCCUCAGUUUCUUUUCGAAUAUCGCAAGUUCUGUGAGGAGCGACCCAUGUACGAAUUCUCGUCGGGCGGUCCAUUAUCCGUCUAA